AUGAACGUGGAGGAUUUGGUCUCCGAUCUGUCGACCUGUGGCAGGUUCCAAGUCCUGCUGACAGCCAUCUGCUACCUCGUCAAGACCUCGGCUGUCUGGGCGAACAUGAUGAUGGCCUUUGGGAGCUACGACCCAGGCUGGACAUGCACAGCUUUUGAGACAAUUGAUGGAGGUCGGGCCGAAAAUCUUUCUUCCUCGCUGUGGUCGAGACCUCUGCAAGGCCUUUAUGAUGUGCCUGGAAUCUCAAUAACCGGAAGUUUGAGCGACAACGCUUCAUCAGGGGCGCUCCCGCCUGGAGCAGACGUCAGAGAUGACUCGUCAGUAAGCACGGCAAACUUCACUCACAGCUCUUGUGAGAAAUAUCCUCGAUGUAAAAACAUACAGUUUAAUCACUGGGAAGCUCGAACCGUGGCAACAGAGUGGAACCUCGUCUGUGAUCGAGCUUGGAUCUUGUCGUUGAUUAUCUCCAUACAGAUGUCUGGCGUGGCUGCAGGGAGCUACAUCUGUGGGUAUAUCGGGGACAAGUGCGGUCGUAAGUUGAGCAUGUACGGUUUUGUGACUUUUGGCAUGCUCUGCAACAUUGCUGCUUACCUAACAACGUCCUGGGAGGCAUACACAGUCGUCGGUUUCUUCAUCGGCGUCAGCGUUGGAGGGAAUUUUGCCGCAUCCAACAUCUACGCCAUGGAGUUUGUCAAGCCAAAAUGGCGUCCUGUCAUUUCUGGGUUGCCCUGCUGGCAUGUGGCAACUCUGUUGUUUGGGGUGUGCAUUAUGCUUUUGAGGGACUGGCGUCUCGUGCACCUGGCCACAGCCGCUCUCUCGCUACUGGCCUUACUCACCGCUGUCUGGGUCCCGGACAGCGUGCGUUGGCUACUCGUGCACCGGAAAAUGCAAAAAGCCGAGAAAGUCGUCACCCAGAUCUGCCGUUUUAAUGGAAUGGAGAUGCGAGAUACAAAGUUCGGUUCGGAUGCAAUGACAGAAGGUUGUAACCACAGUCAAGAAGAUUCUGCCAAGUACGGUGUCUUCAUACUCUUCCAGGCUUCUCUGCGUAAAAAAACCAUUCUAGUAACCCUAACGUACUUUCUUACAAGUGCAAUGUUUUUCGCUAUAGGCUUUGGUGUCGAGUCUCUCUACGGCGACUUUUAUGUGAAUUUCAUUCUGUACUCGUUAGUUCCAAUCCCGCUGUCAUUUCUAGUCCCGGUAUUGGGCAACACGCUGGGGAGGAGAUGGGCUCUGCUAAUAUUUCUUAGUCUAGUAUUUCUCGGUUUCGUUUCUAUCGUUGUUGUUUUCUUCACGACUUCGGGAUCUGUACGAGGAAUCACGAUCACUUGUUUGGCACUGGUCACCGCCAACUGGCUACAACACCUUUUAUGCACUCUCACCACAUUCUCUGUGGAGCUGUUUCCAACUGUCGUGAGGAACCUCGGCUACGGGUUUGCUGUGACCGGGGCGAGACUUGGAAGUAUCGUGGCCCCCUACGUCAUACCACGUGACUUCGAAUCGAUAUACGUGUCUUAUCUAAUUAUGAGCGCCAUGGCGCUGGUAUGUUGUGCUGCUGUGUGGGCUUUGCCGGAGACAAAGGGGGUUGCCAUGGAAGAUGUGAUUCAGGACAACGAUAAACCGACCUCCUUGGAAAGAAAGGAAGCAUUGAUGAAUGAUAAAACGACCUCCUUGGAAUAA